CGUCCCCGGCCUCGCUCCGGGCCCCGGCUGCGGCGCGCGCGGGCGCCCGGCCUGCUGCGGGCCAUGGGCGAAGCGGGCGCCUUGGGGCGCCGCCGGCCCUUCCCCGGUGCGCCGCGGCGGCGCUGGUGGCGGCGGCAGCAGCAGCAGCAGCGGCGGCGGCAGCGCUGGUGGCCGGGCCGUGGCGAGGGCGAGGGCGCCGGCCGCGCCGCCAUGGGCCUAGCCGGGCUGCAGGCAGGAAGAUGUGCAAGCCCCGCGCGGUGGAGGCGGCGGCGGCGGCAGCGGCGGUGGUGGCGGCGGCGACGGCCCCGGGCCCGGAGAUGGUGGAGCGGAGGGGUCCGGGGAGGCCCCGCAGCGACGGGGAGAACGUGUUUGCUGGGCAGUCAAAGAUCUAUGCCUACAUGAGUCCGAACAAAUGCUCUGGAAUGCGCUCCCCGCUUCAGGAAGAGAAUUCGGUUGCACAUCACGAGGUCAAAUGCCAGGGGAAACCAUUAGCUGGAAUCUACAGGAAGCGAGAAGAGAAAAGAAAUGCUGGGAAUGUGAUCCGAAGCGCCGUGAAGUCCGAUGAACAGAAAAUCAAAGAUGCCAGGAGAGGUCCCCUGGCACCUUUUCCAAACCAAAAAUCCGAAGCAGCAGAACCUCCAAAAACUCCACCCCCGUCAUGUGAUUCUACCAAUGCAGUGGUUGCAAAACAGGCCCUAAAAAAGCCCCUCAAGGGCAAACCAGCCUCUCGGAAAAAGUCUCAAGGGAAAACGCAACAGAAUAGAAAACUCACAGAUUUCUACCCUGUGAGAAGGAGCUCCCGUAAGAGCAAAGCUGAGCUGCAGUCUGAAGAGAGGAGAAAAAUAGAUGAGCUGAUUGAGAGUGGUAAGGAGGAAGGCAUGAAGAUUGAUCUCAUUGAUGGCAAGGGCAGGGGUGUGAUUGCCACCAAGCAGUUCUCCCGGGGGGACUUUGUGGUAGAGUACCAUGGGGACCUCAUUGAGAUCACCGAUGCCAAGAAGCGGGAGGCUCUGUACGCGCAGGACCCCUCCACGGGCUGCUACAUGUACUAUUUCCAGUAUCUGAGCAAAACCUACUGUGUGGAUGCCACUCGAGAAACGAACCGCCUAGGGAGACUGAUCAACCACAGUAAGUGUGGGAAUUGCCAGACCAAACUGCAUGACAUUGAUGGCGUGCCUCACCUCAUCCUCAUCGCCUCCCGAGACAUCGCAGCUGGGGAGGAGCUCCUGUACGACUAUGGUGACCGGAGCAAGGCCUCCAUCGAAGCCUACCCUUGGUUGAAGCACUGACCGCGUGGCCUCCCUGCCUCCCUGCCUCCUUCAAAGGACAAAGUGCCCUCAAAGGGAAAUGAUUUUUUUUUUUUACACAAACACAUACACACACACACACACACACACACACACAUACACUUAGCUAAUUACUUCAAAUGUUUUUUAAAAGUAUAUUAAAGAUGCCUUUUCAUGUAGUAUUUAAAUAUCUGUUACAGGUUUCCGAGGCGGACUUGAACAGAUGGCCUUAUAUUACCAAAACUUUUAUAUUCUAGUUGUUUUUUGUACCUUUUUGCAUACAAGCUGAACGUUUGUGCUUCCCGCGCAGUCUGAGACUCGGCACAGGUUUUAGAGAAUGGAGUCGAACAUGAACUAGGAAGCCGGGCUCUGCCCGAGAUGAAAGCCAGGACUCCCCCGCACCCCACGUCCAAGGACAGGCGGGUGUGAGGGUGCUGUCACCCCUCCCCCCACGCACAGCCUGGACGGGAUGCCUCCAAGCUCUUGUUCUCCUCAGCGUCCUGACAGGCGCACACAUUGACAUGUAGGAUAUUUUUAACAGAAGUUUCGCAGUAAGCUAGUCUUCCCCUCUGCUUUCUCCAAAGCUCCCUGAGCCUGAGCCUGAGGCCCGGCCGCGAACACACCUCUUCCACAGGCUUACGGCUUACGGCUUUUCCAGGCACCUCGAAGCAUCAGGGUGGGCAGUCAGACUAGAGGAAGCCCGGGAAAAGCACCGUUGUCCUGCCCAGGCAGGGCAGGUCUGAAACUGCAUUAAUUCUUUAUAGAAAUGUGAACACUGAAUUUAUUUUAAAAAAUAAAAAAAUUUAAAAAAGGAAACAUUUUAAAAAAAAUCAAAAAAAAGAAAAAAUAGAAAAAAAAACCACAGAAAACAACUUAUAUGUAUAUAGGUUUUGAAGGGAGUGAAAUGAAUGCGUUUUUCUUUUUCUUCUGGGGUUCUUUUAUUUUUAUCUUUUUGGCUUGGCUGGCUGGUGUGUAGAGAAGAUUUGAGAUGGUACCCUAUUCUAAUCAAAAGUGAGGUUUUAUAGUGGGACCAGACAUUACUAAGCCCAUUUCCCCACCACCAACAACCCCAGUUCUGCUGCUUGCAAAGUUCUUUUCCUGCUGUCAAGACAGAACCCCUGGUAUCCUGUGAGGAUGCUGCCAGUCUGGGACCCCUGCCAGCAGCAGGCAUCAGAUGUGUUUGGCACCAGGGUGUGUAGCAGGCAGAGAACCAGGAUGACACUUAAGUUUUGAUAGCAAGAGUAGGUGGCUUCCUUGUCCCUGGACAGCACUAAUUGUCACCAUUCACCUUCAGACCAGGGGCUGGGACUCAGGAGCCAGGUAUGAGAACCUACCCUUGUCCCCAACACCUUCCCCCAUCCCCCAGCCUCAUGAUGGUGCUACCUAAGAAAGUCUUCCCCACACCCCUUGCUAGCCCCGUCAGCGGCCAGACUUGGAGGAGGAUCCGACAGGAGGGUGUAACUGUGAGAUAAAAAUGUCUUGGUUGUACCUGUUUGUGGCUUAGCUUUGUAUUUAAAUAGCAAACAAAAAAGGAAAUAAACUUGAAACAUUUGUCAUCAUAAAAGCAAAAAAAAUUAAAAUAUUUAUUGCCAGGCAA